AUGGCGGAACCUCAACUCGGCCCCAUAGUUCCAAACAAACCUGCCAUCCCACCCACCCGCAAACCCUUGCACGGGAGAACAAUCACCCUGGAACCGCUCACCGCAGCGCAUUCCGACUCCCUCUUCUCCUGCCUGGGCGGCGCAGACAAUGCGAGACUAUGGGAUUACAUGCCGGAUGGGCCCUUCACGUCGAAGGCCGACUUCGACAAUUUCAUCCACUACGCCGCCACAUCUGAGGACCGGCUCUUCUUCAGCAUCAUGGACCACACCGGCCUCAAGGACGCCUACAGCGGCAAGGCGGUUGGCUUUCUGAGCCUGUUUCGCAUCGAUGUGAAGAAUCGCGCCGUGGAGAUCGGCUUUGUUACCUUCUCCCGCAUGUUGCAGCGGACCACUGCUGCGACGGAGGCUUUCUACCUCAUGCUUGCAUUUGUGUUUGACGAGUUGCAUUUCCGCAGAUGCGAGUGGAAGUGCAAUGACUUGAACGUCCCGUCAAAACGUGCCGCGACGCGGCUAGGGUUUCUCUUUGAGGGGGUUUUCAGGAAGCAUAUGAUUGUGAAAGGGCGCAACCGCGACUCGGCGUGGUUUUCGAUUGUUGAUGAGGAGUGGAAGGGAGGGGUUAAGGGGGCUCUUGAAAAGUGGCUGGAUGCUGACAAUUUUGAUGCUGAGGGCAGACAGAAGAAGGAUCUGGUGAGUAUUAGACUGGGGAAGUAG